GCUAGCCAUUAUACUGUCUGAGGCUAUGUGUUGCUCAAGGCAUACAAUGUUCUAAGGAACUGUUUAAUCCUUUUACUAUGAGGAGACUGGGGGGGGGGUUGUAACAAAGGAACCACGAAAAAGAGAUGACACAUAAGUGAUGUAGUCAGUUUCAUGUAUGACCACUUCCUUCCUGACCUUGAAAUUCAAUUGUGUGAAGAAAAGUAGUGCUAUAAUUAUACAACUUGCAUUAGAUUUGAGAGUAGUCUCCUAGGUAAAAAACAAAACGACCAAAUGCAGGUCUCCCAAGCUGCUGUGGAAACUCUCUGGAUCCUUAAUUGUCAUGCUCCUACUUGAUGGGAAUGUAGAUCUUAAUCCUGGGCCAACUGUAGGAGAAGUGUGCCCAGAUCGACAUCAUCCACCAGCACUCGUGGAGAACUUAUGUCCUGGUUUGGAUAGUAUUAGACUGGGACAAGAAUUUACUGUUAACUACAAUCUGCGUUCCUUUGAAGCUGACAGACUGGACACAGAGCUGGGGUUUGACAGAAACCAACGGUUAUACAUCUGACGAGUUUGCUGGAGCAACUGUCUGAGCUGAGCAGGAAUAUCUUCAAUUCCAUGGAGGUAAACCAGAGGGUUGAGAGCACUGUUCAGACACACAAGGCCGCGACUUAUCUCAUGAGCAAUGUAGACUCCAUUAAACCAUUCAUAGCAUAUUCCCUGUUUGGACAGAACUCUUGCUAAGAGGUUCAGGUUCUUGAAUACAUGAUGGGGAAUGUAACAAACAGAGAAGAGAAGAAUCAAGAUGAACAACAAUUUCAAACUUCUCUGUUUCUGUACCUUGUCAGUGGUAUUUGUGUGGCAGAGAAUGACAAUCACAUGUCCAUAACAGCCCAGUGUGAUGAGGAGUGGGAUGCAAAACCCAGUGAGUGUCCAUCCAAAGCUGUAUUUCAGUACCUUGUCAGUGGAAUUUGUGUGGCAGAGAACGACAAUCACAUGUCCAUAACAGCCCAGUGUGAUGAGUGGGAUGCAAAACCCAGUGAGUGUCCGUCCAAAGCUGAAUGUCAGUACCUUGUCAGUGGUAUUUGUGCGGCAGAGAACGACAAUCACAUGUCCAUAGCAGCCCAGUGUGAUGAGGAGUGGGAUGCAAAACCCAGUGAGUGUCCAUCCAAAGCUGUAUUUCAGUACCUUGUCAGUGGAAUUUGUGCGGCAGAGAACGACAAUCACAUGUCCAUAACAGCCCAGUGUGAUGAGGAGUGGGAUGCAAAACCCAGUGAGUGUCCGUCCAAAGCUGUAUUUCAGUACCUUGUCAGUGGAAUUUGUGCGGCAGAUAACAACAAUCACAUGUCCAUAGCAGCCCAGUGUGAUGAGGAGUGGGAUGCAAAACCCAGUGAGUGUCCAUCCAAAGCUGUAUUUCAGUACCUUGUCAAUGGUACUUGUGCGGCAGAGAAUGACGAUCACAUGUCCAUAACAGCCCAGUGUGAUGAGGAGUGGGAUGCAAAACCCAGUGAUUGCCCGUCCAAAGCUGAAUUUCAGGUAAUCCUCAACAUGGCUCUUAUCGGUGGUAUCAUAACAUUUCCCAGUGUUGUUUCCAGAUGCUUUGCUGAACAACAUAUCAGGAAGACUUUGAACGCUCACCAGCAGCCAACCAUGACAGAGAUAGCUACAGAGUGGGUGACAGUUAUUCUUCCCAUCACUCUCAUUGGAUGGACAAUGGCCAGGUACCUGUACACACUUAUACAGGAGUGUGUCACAAGCCCAAAAGUGUUGGUCUGACAAUAAAGUGUUACACUGGAGUUUUGACCCCCCCCAGACUUUUUACCCUUCUCCAUGCACCUUGGAACUAGAUGUCAGGAUGUCUCACAAAUGUCAUCUGGUCUGACUGGAAAAGCCUCCAGCAGCCAAAUGGUCCAUUGGUUAGGGGAUGCUUGGUGAUGCAUAAGGUUUCUCUCACUGUCCGGCCCACGAAUCAGUCGGUGAAGUCUUCACUAUUAUGAAUGAAUCUGUGCUCAUCAGGGCCUGUAUCCCCACAGAGCAGGGUUACUGUAAGGUGAGUAUGGGCAGUUGUUAUGACAAACACAUGAGUGAAUCAUCAUCACAGCUCGCUGUAGCAGUCUACCGGUGGGGCAUCGGAAGGUCACCUCAGCAGUGGUGGUUUGAUAAGGCGUGCAGCAGCGAGAGUCAGUGCACUGUCCGCAGUACUGGAGCUGAUAGGCACGAGUGCUGUAGCAGCCCUGGUGAAUGAGCCGAAUGGGACCUGGUGAUGUGUAGCUGGCCUUGCACCACCUCUGCCUUCCCCUCUGGGAAAAAGCAUGCAAAAACAAACACAUGCAGAGGCAAGUCAGAAAAAAAUGCCAGUAAGCACUGCGAUGAUUUGGGGGAUUUGCAGGUCAAAAGAUUCCAACGUCAAUGCAAGGCUAGGUUUGAAAACUUUGAAAAGUGAAGUUUUUCAGGGUACAUAUAUCCAACAUUUCAGCAGUGGUAUUUCAUUGUGGAGUAGGUGCAAACUACAUGUUAAAAUAUAGUUAUUAAAACUACAGCUGUAAAUUCAGUUUUCACCUAGAUUAAUCUAAUUGCACUGACCUGCAAAUUACCAAAUCAGUGUUUUACGGGGAGUACAGUUUAAGUCAAGUAACUACAUCUGAGCUGCAGAGAUAAUACCUGAUCAGAAGUGACAAUGACAUGUUUUUCAUUAAUUCACAAACAUGGCCCUUUGGGAGGGCAAGGAGGCUGGAUGAAAAUCAUUUAACUACAUCUAAGCAUGGCAAGACUUGCUUUUGCAGUCAGUAGAACACCAGAGUUCAUUAUAAAUAUCACUCAGUUCUUGCCUUUUUUCAUGGGUUAAAUUAGAAAUUUAAAGGUGCCUUGUGGAGUUUCCUUGUAAACAAACAAAAGUUAUGUUUACAUUAGUGUUUCUCACCAAAACGCAUCGUGUGUGUCCUUCAGGUCAAACAAGGUGUGUUGAAUGCAUUUCCUUCAUCAUAAAACAUUUGCAAAGCAAAUAUUUUAAAUUGAAUUGUACAUUUUCACAGCCAUGUUUGAUUGCAAGAUGCUUCAUUGCUACCUUUCUUUGUGUGUUUCCACCAACAACCGGUUAUCAGCGGAAAAACCAACGGCAAAAAUGUGAAUCACAUUUCCUCUAUACUCUGUUCACGUGUGCUCUAGAGAGUACACAAUAAAACAAAGCAGACAAACUCUUAAAAAAAUUGCUCCUUAGUGGUACUAGGAGUCAAAAACUCCACAGGGUAACUUUAAGACAGCUAUGCGUCUGAGAAAUCUUUGUAAAAGUCACUUUUGUUCUUUCUAAUCACAAUAAACCUUGUUAUAUGCA